CCACUCCGCACUUAGCGCAAGCGGCAGUUGUACGACAACCAGUGGCGAAACAGCAUCUUCAACAACAAUAGGCGCAGCAUCAGUCACGUACAAGCAAAGCGAUAAGAAUGUGGGCACAUCUUGAGUUUCAGCGUGGACGUCAGCGCGGUGGGGUUUUCUUAUCAGCGCUGCUGCUGCUGCUGCUGCUUUUGAUGACACUGAGUGAUGCAACGCCACGACCGUCACCGGGUGGACAGCCAACCAGUUUCGAACAGCUGUUCUCAAUGGAUCCAAAUAAUGCGACUUUUACACCACUCUGCGAUGAUGCGCUACUGGGGAAUGUGGCGAAACAAGUAACACAGCUCAAGGUUUCAAGUGAGAACGUCUACCUCCUGUUGGACACAUAUAAUUUGAGAUUGGAUCACAUAAAAAAGCUAUUAGAUGAACGUUUACCGGAGGUCAAAUCGACGCCGCAGUGGAUUGAUGUGCGCGUGCAAGGCGAGGGAGGCGCAUCCACUCCGCCCACACAAUCCUCCUCUGCUGGCGGCAUACAUUUUCCGGGCGUAAUUUCGCAAUCAUCGGCGACUGGUGCCAACCUACCCGCGUGCAGUCCACAAACUUCUGCAACCGCUGGUAACUUACCUGCAUUCACCUCGGCAUCGUCUGCAGCUGGCGGCAACUUGCCAGCUUCUAGCUCUGAUUCGCAAUCCUCUGCAGGUGGUUCAAACCUCUUACCCACCAUUGCUGAAUCAUCGUCCGCUGGCGGUUCAAAUCAAUUGCCAGCGAACAGCAACGCCAUACCUCCACCCAGCACGCAAACCCCCUUGGUGCCUAGUUUAUAUGCGCCACCGUGCCCAUACUCCAGCCCAGCACUACCGUCGACUUGCGCAGAAGCGGUUGAAAGUGCGGGCGUUAAUGCCAAGAGCGGCAUCUAUCAACUUUAUCUGCCAGAUUCGGGACUGAAACCAUUCUACGCCUACUGCCAGCUGGAUGCGAAUGGUGGUCCCGCUUGGAUUGUGGUGCAGCGUCGCCAGGACGGUUCCAUUACCUUCAAUCGCGAGUGGCAUGAAUAUCAGGCAGGAUUUGGUAACUGGAAUGGUGAAUUUUUCAUCGGCUUGGAACGUUUGCAUGGACUGACGCAUGCGCGCCUCAACGAACUCUGGGUGCAGAUGGAGGACUUCGAGAAUGUGACGCGUUAUGCACGCUAUGAAAAUUUCGCAAUCGGUGAUGAGCACGAAGCGUAUGCAUUGAACGUGCUAGGCAAAUUCGAAGGUAACGCCGGUGAUUCAUUGCGUUCGAGUCAGGGCCAAAAAUUUAGCACCAAAGAUGCGGAUCACGAUAUGUGGGAUCGUAAUUGUGCUGUGGAGUAUACAGGCGCAUGGUGGUACAAGGCAUGCCAUGAUAGCAACUUGAAUGGUCAAUACUUACGUGGCAAAUACAGUAAGGACAAAUAUGGCAAGGGCAUUGAUUGGACUCACUGGCAUGGCCAUGAAUACUCGCUAAAAUAUGUCCAUAUGGCUAUUAGGCCAAUACAAUUAUAAAUCAGAAGUCUGACGAAAGAAUCGAAUUGACAGCGUAAUUACUCGAAAUACAUAACUACAUACUACGUAUUCAUGCAUUACACAAAUACUCGUCCAUUUUCUUUUUUAAUUUUUCACAAUGAAAGACUUAUACGUAAAAUUAUCAAUAAAAAACAAACAAGUAAUGUUA